GAAGGUGAAUGGCUUCAGAACAAUAUGGAUGGCCAUGGUGUUGUUGAAGUUGACAUUCCUGAUAUAGAACCUGUGCCAGGUUCCAAGCUUGAAGCAAAGAUGCGUGCUGAAGGAAAAAUUAUAUCAAGAGAUUUUAUGUCCCCAGAAGACAGAAAAUGGCUGGAGAUGGAUAUUGAAGAUAGCAUUCGUUUGGCUGACGGCCGCUAUGAAAUUCCUUUUUAUGAAAAUGACGAGUGGAUUAAACAAUUUGGGAGGAAACCCGAGAAAGGUCGAUACCGCUAUGCUGGUCAGUGGAAGCUUGGAAGAAUGCAUGGGUGUGGUCUAUAUGAAGUCAACGAGAACCCCAUUUCUGGCAGGUUCUACUUUGGGGAGCUACUGGAGGACUCCGAAGGUUGUGAUGAAGAGAAUGUUGCGCUGCAUGCAGGUCUUGCAGAAGUAGCUGCAGCUAAAGCUAGGAUGUUUGUUAACAAACCAGAUGGAAUGGUUAGAGAAGAGAGGGGUCCAUAUAGCGAUCCUCAACAUCCCUAUUUCUAUGAAGAAGAAGAUGUGUGGAUGGCACCAGGCUUCAUUAACCAGUUCUAUGAAGUACCUGAUUAUUGGAAAACAUAUGUUCAUGAGAUUGAUCAGGAGAGAGAAAUAUGGUUAAACUCUUUUUAUAAAUCCCCAUUUAGGAUACCUAUGCCUGCAGAGCUUGAAUACUGGUGGGAGAAAGAGGAGCCUCCCGAAUUUAUCUUGGUUAACAAGGAACCAGAGCCUGAUCCCGAAGAUCCAUCGAAGUUUAUAUAUACUGAGGAUCCCCUCAUCCUACAUACACCAACUGGUCGAUUAAUUAAUUAUAUUGAAGAUGAGAAAUAUGGAGUACGAUUAUUUUGGCAGCCACCUUUGAAAGAAGGGGAAGAUAUAGAUUCCAAGGAGAUUGAGUUUCUGCCACUUGGUUUUGAUGAGUUUUAUGGACGACAACCGGCUGAGGAGAAAAAAACCAUGUGGCAGCGUGUUGUAAUGGCCAUAGAAAAGGUAUUUAAGCCAGUGCUUGAUAAAUUAGAGAAUUGGACUGAAGAGCAGAAGAAAGUGAGUGAGUUGAAGAUGCAGCUUUAUGAAAAAGAACUUGAUCUUAUUGAGGCUGAAUUGUGUCUGGAAGAGGCGAUUGAGGACUUGGAUGAGGAUUUGAAGAAAAGAGAGGAAGAGGAAGAGAAGAAGGUGGAUACAGGUUUGGAGGAAGAAGAUACUUCUGCUUUGCCUAGCCAAGCUGAGAAGGUUAUAGGUGAAGAAAAGGUAGAAGUGGGUGAGGGUGAGGAUGAGGAUGAGGAAGAAGAAGAAGAGGAGGAGGAGGAGGAUAAUACACCAUCCAGUUUUGGAUCUGUUACUGGAGAUCAGGAUUCAUCAAAGAAUGACCAGACGGGGAAAAAAUCUGGGGAAUCUCCCUUUUCAUCGUUAUCAUUGUCAUUUGCUUCUCGUAGCCUUGUUUCAUCGGUUCCAUCUAGGCUGCAACAAUCAUUCUUAUUGUGGAAGGAAGGCAGAUUGCUGCCAAAACCAACCACUCCAUGCAUCCAGGACCACAAGUACCACCCGGUACCAGUUGAUACAGUCCAUUUUCCUUCAGUUCUGAGCCAUAAAGGGAGUUUGAAGGCAAUGAUUCAAGCACACCAGAAAUUCCAACCAAGAAACCGCUCAAAUGGGAGAUCUCAUCUACAUUCAGCGUCUGUUGGCCCCAAAAGAGUGGUAAAAGCAGCAAGAGCACACACCCACAGUUGGCUGCAUGCAGCACCAGAUUUAGAUGUCGACCAAAUAUUAUCUUUGCACACACCAAUAUAUUUUUUUAAAUCAUAUACAGAUACUACAAGUAUUGAGGCUCAUUCUUCCCUUUAACAAUGUGAUGUAACUUGAUUUUUUUGAAGAGGAUCAGUUUUGUUGUAGCAGCAACUCAUUGUCGGCCAUUUUGUUUUUAUGUACUUUUAGCUCUGCCUGGAUUAACCUGGGCUAAUAAAAUGCAGAAUUAGAAUUUGCUUCGAGUUUGG